AUGGCCGCCACAAGGGAUCAUGAGCUCGCCGCUGUGGACACGGAGCCCGAUCUCGACGCCACGAGCAUCGUAGACUUACAGAGUCUGCCACCAGUCGACCGUGGCAAGGGUGCCUGGCUCACACUGACGGCAUGUUUCUUCCUUGAAGCCACUGUCUGGGGGUUCAUACACUCCUACGGUGUCAUGGAGGACUACUACCGCCAGCACGAGCCAUUCAUGACCCAGCACUCCGGUCUGGCCGCCGUGGCCACCACCGCCAUGGCAAUCAUGCUCAUCGGCUCACCGUUUAUCUCCCUGGGUCUGCAACGGUUCCCAACUCUCAGACGUAUAGGAGGUUGUGUUGGGCUGGGCAUCAUGUUUUCCGGUCUGCUCAUCGCGUCCUCGACGGACUCCUCGACGGUACUGUUGUGGACCCAGGGUGUCAUGUAUGGCGUCGGCGCGUUGCUGGUAUACUUUCCGGCGAUGUUCUUGAUCGAUGAAUGGUUUGUGGACCGCAAAGGCUUUGCGUUUGGGAUUUCCUGGGCUGGCACGGGCAUCGGUGGUGCAUCCACGCCGUUCUUGUUACAGUGGCUGCUGAACACUUAUGGGCACAGGACCACCCUGAGAAUCUGUGCGGGAAUCAUUGCUGGGGUUGCGCUGCCAUGCGUCCUCUUUAUGAAGCACCGGCUUCCGGUCCGAGGUCCCCGACGACUGCGACCGAUGGAUCUGGGCUUCGUCAAGAAGAGGACAUUCUGGAUGUAUCAAUGCCCGAGCAUUAUUCAAUCCUUUGUCUCGCCACUGCCCAGUCUGUGGCUGCCCUCCUUCGCAUCAUCCAUGGGCAUGUCUCCCGCCACGGGUCCGCUGUCUGUCGCUCUGUUGAAUCUUGCCUCAUGCUGCGGAUUUCUGCUCCAAGGACGACUCGUCGAUCGCUACCACGUCAGUUGGGCGAUCCUAGUGUCCACCCUCGGCUCCACCAUAGCCGUAUUCGUCUUCUGGGGCUGUGGCACCCAUAAGGCGACGCUGUACAUGUUCGCCAUUCUCUUCGGACUUUUCGGAGCUGGAUAUCCGGGUCACUGGACAGGCUGUGCAGGUGACAUGAGAAGGACUUUCCCGAAUCUGAACACAGGUUUGGUUAUCUCCCUUCUCUGUGCUGGCAAAGGCGUGGGCAGCAUUCUGGCUGGUCCAGUCAGCGAGAAACUGUUGUCGAUGAAGCCAUGGCAAGACACUGGGUUGGCAUAUGGGUCAUCGUACGGCUCCAUCAUCAUUUUCACCGGUAUAUGUGUGUUUCUGGGGGGUGCAGGUGCAAUCCCGCGCCUUGCACACACUCUCAGUACAGCGUUCAGGAAUGCUCCCCUGCCCAGGUUGAACUCUGUGAGAGCAUUGAGGACGUCGACAAAUGCCUGA